ACAAAGAGAGAGAGAGAAAGAAGAGCGAGAGAGAGAGAGACAGAGACCGAGACUAGAGGCCACUCAAAGAGUGGGGGAAUUCAUCCUUGGUAUUUUAAGGGGGUGUUUUAAAUAUAUAUUUCCCCCCUGUUUGUAUCCCCCCUAUUACAAGUGAUAAAUCCACAGGCUCUGGAUCUGGACACUGGGCAGACCAGACACAACACCCACAGCAUAACAAAGGAGGACUAAGGAAAUUUACAGUCUAGCUCAAUGUCUCUGUUAUGGAUAGUGAUACUACCAGUAACAGCCUUUGCAUUUCAUGUGGAGCUAAAACCAAAGAGUGCAUUUUUCAGAGUUGGUGAUAGGCAGGAGCUGCGAUGUUCGGUGAAGGAUUGUAACGAAAAGGUUACUAUGUCCUGGGCUUUGCUGGGGGAUAAGCCCAUGUUUGCUAAAAUACACACCUCAGGAUCGGAAUCCGUGGCGGCCUUUGACCCUGUGAUGACAGUACAUGAUGACAUACUUCUCUGCAAAGUCAGUUGCGGAGCAUUGACCAAACAACAGCGUGUGGUUGUCAAAGUGUACUCAUUUCCAGAGGCACCUGUCAUAUCAGGCUACGACCAUCUUCUCUUGGGCCAGUCCAACACUCUGACAUGUGAGGUGAUAGAUGCUUAUCCCGUGGAGCACCUGCGACUUGAGUGGCUGCAAGGAGACAGCAUGCUCCAGACAGACGCAGAGUCCGUUGUAUCUACCUACAGGUUCACGCCCACCCCAGAGGACAAAGAGGCAAUGAUCACAUGCAGAGCCUCUCACGAUCAGGAUGGUGUGCCUGAUGAAGAGAAGACCAAGGAAACCACCGUAUCUCUCACAGUGCUUUAUGCGCCACAGAAUAUAUCAAUAUCUGAGCCGACUGCUGUGAGAGUUGGCUCCAGUCUCACGUUGUCAUGCCAUGCUGAAGGGAACCCCAGACCAGAUACACAGUGGAAGGCCAUUGGUCCAGAUGGACAGGCUGUUAUUGUGGGGCAGAGCGAGGAGCUUGUCCUUACAGAGAUGACACUGGUGGAUGCUGGUCAAUAUGAGUGUGUGGUGAGCAACACCAUUGGAAACAUCACAGCCAGCGUGAACGUCAUUGUUCAAGCUCCCCCAACCCACACCACCAUCACAGUGAGCCCAGCCAACGAGGUGAAGGAAGGGGAGAGCGUGACGGUGUCCUGCCUGUCGGACGGAGCUCCGGUGGUACGUAUGGUGCUGAGGAGACUCUCUGAGGACCAGGAUGUAGAACUCCAGUCCAGCAACGGAUUCUCCACCUCCUUCACCCUCUCCUCUGCCCUGCUAGCAGACUCUGCUCUCUACCAGUGCCAGGCCUUCAAUGAACACGGCAGUCAGAAGGUCAGCGCCUUGCUCUCUGUUGAAGAGUAUCCCCUGGAGGUGGCGAUGGAUGUGGGGGUGACGGCUGAGAUGGGAUCCAACCUGGUGCUCUCCUGCCGGGCUUGGGGCUGUCCCCAGCCAACCUUCUACUGGAGGAGCAUGCUGGACAUGCCCGUCCAUAGCCGUGCACACACCCAGGACUCCCUCUCCCAGCUCUACCUGGGCCCACUUGGGCUGAUCAACGAGCAAGCCUACACCUGUGAGGCCAAGUGUGGCUCUGUCAUCAAGGCCAAGCACGCUGAGGUCAAGGUCUUCUCUUUCCCCUCGGACCCUAUCAUCGAGAACACUGGCCCCUUUCUGGAACACGGUGUUGGCAUCUUUUUUUGUUCGGUAGCCAACGUCUACCCAGCCAGUCUCCUGCAGAUCCAGUGGCUUGAUGGGGAAAUCGAGCUAGCCUCCGAGAUGGGACAGUAUUCCAGUGAACUCCAGAAUGUGACGUCAAUGCUUUCUUUCUCGAUUGGACCGGAGGACCAGGGCAGACAGAUCACCUGCAGAGUCAGUCUUCAGAUGGAUGAAGUCCCUCAGAGUGGGAGAGAGAGGCAGGCAGUGACUGUACUGGAGCUCCACUAUGCCCCCAGGGAAACCACCAUCACAGUGAGCCCAGCCAAUGAGGUGAAGGAAGGGGAGAGCGUGGCGGUGUCCUGCCUGUCAGACGGAGUUCCGGUGGGACGUAUGGUGCUGAGGAGACUCUCUGAGGACCAGGAUAUGGAACUCCAGUCCAGCAAUGGCUCCUCCACCUCCUUCACCCUCUCCUCUGCCCUGUUAGCAGACUCUGCUCUCUACCGGUGCGAGGCCUUCAAUGAGCACGGCAGCCAGCGAGCUAGCACAUACAUUACAGUCAAAGCACCUCCUAGGAACACAACAGUCCUGAUAUAUCCAUCUGCUGAGGUGCAGGAAGGCCAAAAUGUCACCAUCUGCUGUCACUCUGUCAGUUUCCCCCCACCUGCUGUGGUUUUAAGGAAACUGGAUAAUGGCACAGAGCUCUACUCCCCGGAUGGGAACUUCCUGCUGGUUAACCUUACGCCCAAUGAUACAGGCCUAUACCAGGUGAAUGUCACCAAUGACCUGGGUUAUGAGACCGAGAUCUUCAGCAUCAACGUCAUAGAGAAGCACUCCAGUACUUCACCAGACUGGAACCACGUAGUCAUUCCUGCUGUCUGUGUGGGUAUCAUGGUGACCACCACGGGCCUAAUCCUGGACUACCUGAGGAGAGCCAGGAGGAAGGGCUUCUAUGAGCUGGCAAAGUGUAAGCCCGGGUCUGCAUAGACUAGAGGAGUCUAAAACCUGCGGUCCAGAGCCAGAUUGUGGCCCCCACUUGUGCUACCAAAAUGACCAUGUACUGUAUGAGUAUCACAUCGGUGAGUGUUUUGUGGUUCCUCCGGCAAAAUGACUUUUACACUGUGUGCAGAGGCAUACCAAGGGACAGACCUACCUGGAGUGGAGAGGGAACAGACGAGAGGUUCGUCCUCUGUCAGGUCUCCGUUGAAGGGCAGAGGACAAGGCCGUAUGACCUUUGGAUGUUACUGGAAGAGGAAAAGAGAAGUACCUUUAAGGAGAUGUGGUCUUCUGGAUGUUUUUCAUUUUUAUUAAACCUAAGCUAGAAGUCAGUCAAAUGUUUAAUAAUCUAACUGUCUGCAACUAACUAUCAUUUGCUCCUUUUUUCACUUCUUGGCAGCUUUCAUUGAACCCAUUGAUGUCUAAGUGUCACAACUAUUGGAUGAAUGCAAUAUGUUACAUGUUUUUAAACAAAAUUAUACCAUUUGUAAUUGGCUGUGAUAAAAAGUUGAAAUGUUUAAUGAGUUAAUUACAAUGCAUUUGAAAUGUACAGUUUCAAUUAACUUUGUUAUAUCAGUAUGGGAAGGUGGUUUCCCAACAAUAGGUGAAGUCGGUAUUGUGGUAAUGUAAUAUAGAGAAGCAAGCCAAACUGUAUUUGCCUCAUAGCUUUUUUUGUACAUAGGGGAAACAGUGCCACUGUCCGCCCCCACAGCCGUUGUUAUUGUUUUUGUUUUGUUGACGAAGAAGAGCUGGGGAGUGUCGUAGUAACAAAAAAAUGCAGUACAUAUGCUGGUGUUCUUUCGCGGGUGCAAUCAUGUCCACGGCGGUAAAAAAAACAGUGUUUGUUGUUUGCAUUAACUUAUUUGGUUGUUGUAAUAUCGCAAACGGAUGUGGCAAUUUCACCAUUAAGGAUUCCAGCUUUAAUGUGGACACUUACUAGAAGUGUUUGCAUGUGUGCAAUGUGCAUGGAGUAUUUUUGUCCCACACCAUUUUCUUUAUUGCUGUGGGAUAUUAUAGCCGGUUUGGUACGUGAUUAAAGAAGCUGUUGUUUUUAAAUCAAAGCCUAUAUAGAAUGUAUUUGUUAUGUUUAUGACUGUUCAUACUCCUUUGUAUGUUGUGAAUAUGUUGUGCCCUAUUUUUUGUGAAUUGUGUUUUAAAUGUACGUUUGUAGAGAUGUUCAUUAUUAAAUAUUUAUUUCCGUAACUAAAA